AUGACAUCACAAAAACGGCUCGAACAAAAGCGACAGAAUUUAGGAUCGCGAUUAACGUAUUUCGAAAAUUUAAUUGAAGAAGAAAGUUUAAGUGUAGAUGAACUAAGAAGACGUUACGAACGUCUUACCAAACAAGUAGAUAAUUAUGAAUCAUUGCAUGAACAGUGUUGUAAUAACAGCGCCGGAGAGACAGGAGUCGACGAUCUAGACCAACUCAUAGAAAGAUAUCACGUGAUCGGAGACAAAAUUGACUCGGGCGAUACGGCCGCGAUUAGUAACGCGAAUGGUUCGCAGGGAGACGACGGUACUACAAAUACCCGCGAUCAGCAAAUACGAUUACGCCGAAUCGAGAUCCCGAAAUUCGACGGAGACAUCGGAAAGUGGAUCCUGAAAUUUGACGGAGACAUCGGAAAAUGGAUCCAAUUUAAGGGGAGUUUUUUAACGCUGGUGGACGCGCGCACCGACAUGUCGGAUUUAGAAAAACAUAUAUACCUCCGCGAGUCUCUUACCGGUAGAGCGCUUCAGACGAUCGCGACAUAUUCACUGACCGGGCAGAAUUAUAAGAAUGCGUGGGAAAUGUUACUGAAAACUUUCGACCGGCAACGCAUACUCCUAGCACGGGCCAUUGACGCCUUCAUAGACACUCCACGGCCGAAAAACAUGUCAAUAGAAGAGAUGACACGGCUUGCGGGUGACUUGCGGGCCCAUACAGAUACUAUUACUUCUUUCAAUAUACCCCACGCACUGAUGGUCCGCCUUGGCGAACGCAUUCUACCCCGCGACCUUAGACAAGAAUGGGACAAACAGUUAGAUGCGGAUAAUUAUCCGACCAUGAGUCAGCUUUGCGACUUUGUGAACGAGUAUACACUCCGUAGCGUCGCGUCGUCAAAUAUUCYAUCGACAUCGAGAAAYGAGCCUCACGCAAAACGUAGAUWUACUGAGACGAUGACUUUACGGCCACGAAAACGACAGGAGACGCAUAUAACGCGYACGUUUCUUACUCAGACCUCAAAUAAGUGUAUUCUUUGCAAACGAGACAAACAUCUUUUAUACCAAUGUUCCCGAUACCAUGACCUGACGAGACAAGACAGACUGGCGAUAGUCAAACGUUACGGAUUAUGUCAAAAUUGCUUACGGAAGCACCGAGAUCCAUGUAAGAGUUCACAUUGUCAAAUCUGCAACCAGACCCAUCACACACGUACUGAGACGAUGACUUUACGACCACGAAACCGACAGGAGACGCAUAUAAAGCGCACGUUUCUUACCCAGACCUCAAAGAAGUGUAUUCUUUGCAAACGAGACAAACAUCUUUUAUACGAAUGUUCCCGAUACCAUGACCUGACGARACAAGACAGACUGGCRAUAGUUAAACGUUACGGAUUAUGUCAAAAUUGCUUACGGAAGCACCGAGAUCCAUGUAAAAGUUCACAUUGUCAGAUCUGCAACCAAACCCAUCACACGUCAUUACACAUAAACAAUUAUCGACAGAAGACAAUAACCCCCGUGAAGGAGAAGAUCGAGUUAACAUCUCAAACCAAACCUACCCCCGUAUGUCUAACACCAAUCUUUAAUAGUAACGCGCGCGGCGCAUCGAGUCAACUCCUUAUGAGCGCUAUGUGUCGUGUCCGACGGGGAGACGGGACCUUCAGAGAAUGUCGGGCGUUAUUAGAUACGUGUGCCGCCGCRCACUUCAUCACCGAAAAGGUCGCGAGAGAAUUACGCUUGCCGAUUAAACCAUAUUCAAUUCCCAUUCACGCUAUCAACGAUACCGUAACUCGAACGRCAGGUGUUAUUGAGAUAACCAUUCAAUCGCUAGACAAUAAAUAUCGCCGAAGCCUUUCRCUCUUCRUCGUCCCGAAGAUAGCGGAUCAGGUACCCGGRGAAGUCUUCCCGCGAGAAUUCGUUAAAAUUCCGUUCGGUCGAAAACUGGCAGAUCCCCAGUUCCAUUUACCACGACCGGUCGACAUCUUGAUAGGUUCCGGAGCAACGCUCGCACUCAUGUCAAUAGGACAAUUUUCUUUGUCAUCAGGACGCGGUGAUUUGAUACUACAGAAAACGCGAUUAGGUUGGGUGGUCGCCGGUGGAAUUGAAUCUGACAGCCACACAGGAAACCAUGCGUUCUUAGCGACGACCGAGUUAAGAGAACAGCUAGAAAAAUUUUGGUCAUUAGAAGAUGAGAAUGUAACGCGAUCGAAAUCGGUACACGAAAUUGCAUGCGAAAAUCAUUAUAGUCAAAAUACCAAACGCGACGUAUCGGGACGAUAUAUUGUGCGUCUACCCUUCCGCGAAGAGGGACACGAUUACAGUCACUUACGCAGUAUAGCCCUACGUCGGUUCCAUAAUCUCUGGAAGAAAUUACACGCGAACACCGAACUCCGCAAGGAAUAUGAACGGAUUAUGCAGGAAUACAUCGAUUUAGGACACAUGUCGAUCGUAGAAGACGAACCCAUAGGAGGUUGCUAUCUUCCCCACCACGCGGUCAUUAAAUCAGCCAGUAUGACAACAAAGAUUCAUCCGGACGAUCGCCAGUAUCAACGGAUAUUUUGGUUACAUAACGAACAGAUCCGCACCUUCGAACUCAAUACGGUGACAUUCGGAAUAGCCUCAGAACCUUUUCUUGCCAUACGAACCAUAAAACAACUCGCGAAGGAUGAAGGCGCAAAUCAUCCGCUCGGAGCCGAAAUAUUAAACUGGGAUCUAUACGUUGAUGAUCUCAUUACUGGAGCGGAUAACAUCGAAACCCUCGGAAGGAUACGCGAUCAAACCAUCGAAAUAUUGAAACGAGGCGGGUUUAACAUACGACAGUGGGCGUCUAACUUCCGACCGGUGCUCGAAAAUUUAGAUAUAAAGAACGUCGACGUCGAACUCUGCUCAGGGGAAAAUCAUGUUUUAAAGACACUCGGUAUUUCAUGGAACGCCCACCGCGAUUAUCUAAUCUAUUCCGUCGCGCCCGUAGAUACUCGCGAAAGAAUUACCAAACGACGAAUUCUAUCCGAAGUAGCAAGGAUUUUCGAUCCACUCGGACUGUUAGGACCCGUCAUUCUAACAGCUAAGGUCUUCAUCGAAGACUGCUGGAAAACACACGUUGACUGGGACGAAUCUGUGCCCAGCGCAUUACAUACUUCGUGGAUAACAUUCGCGGAACAAUUGAAAUUAAUCGAUUAUUUAACGAUCAAGAGACGCGUUACACUCAAUGACCCGAUCGACGUGCAAUUACACGGUUUCUGCGACGCGAGUCAAUCUGGUUACGGCGGCUACUUAUAUGUAAGAUCGCGAGAUAAAUUCGGUAAUACACGCGUGCGUCUACUUUGCGCUAAAAGUCGCGUGGCUCCUCUUAAGGACACCACCAUACCACGUUUAGAAUUAUGCGGAGCAUUGACACUCGCGCGAUUAUAUAGAGAAGUCCGGACCGUCGACGGAUUGAAACCCGACAAGAUAACGUUCUGGUCCGAUUCGAUGAUUGUAUUAGGUUGGCUGAAAAGAGACUCCGGUACGUUGAAAAUAUACACGGCAAAUCGCGUGCGCGAAAUACAAGAAAUCUGUGAAGGUAUCACAUGGCGACAUGUGCGAUCCGAAGACAACCCAGCGGACGCUUUAUCUAGGGGACAACUCCCACGCGAUUUUCUGAAGAACGAGGUAUGGAUUCACGGACCAUCCUGGCUCGAGCGACCGGAGGCCGAGUGGCCAAUCCCGACUGAAAGGGAAAUUCUCGAAUUGCCGGACGUAAAGAGACUAUCGGUACUAACGACGCGAAUUGAAUCAGGAAGCAUAUUUCAGCGAUUCUCUAGUUACACGCGAUUAUUAAAAAUURUAGCACGAUGCCGACGAUGGCUUAAAACUAACUCAUAUAAGGGAGAAUUGUCUACCGCAGAAAUAACAGAAACGGAACGGCGCGUUUUAAAAAUCGUGCAAGACGAACAAUUUCACGCCGAAAGAGAAAGGCUGAAGCGGGGGGAGUCAAGAGCACAAAGUUCGCCGCGUUAA